UAUUUCUUUUUCACCUGCUUGAUUUCGCAUCUUCCAUUUCUUUCCCAGUUCCCACCUUAUUGAGUUUCUUUAUUCUCCUCUGUGCAUAAUCCCCUAUCAAACUUCAAUGCUUCAUUUCCUUUCUUCUUCUCUAUCUUGAUUCGUAAGCAACAAAAGGAGCUGAGGGGAAAUGGAGCUCAGAAGCGAUUUCUUACCGCAGUUGAAAAUUCGAGAGCAGGAACUCACCGGAUUUGUGUCCAAACGUGUCAGGAAUUACUCUCUAAUCGUCGCCAAUCUGUUUACCAGGGAGACACUUCAUGUUUCUUUUGAUAGAUGGAAGAAUCUUGAAGUACAUUGUAACGAUGAUCAGAGUAUCCGUCAUUCACAUCUUUCCAAGACUGACAGCACAAAGAACAAGCUACCUGAGCUAUCUUUUAAUCGGCUACAACCAACUGAGGAGUACUAUGGACUAAAAAAACGUAGCUUUGGUCGAUUUGUUGCUCGGGAGGCCAUGCUGGAUGAAGAGUAUUGGGCAGCGUCUUGGCUACGAGCAGAAGCUCAUUGGGAAUCCUUGUCCUUUACUAGGCAUGUUGAUGCUUAUAAAAGAAACUAUGCAGAACAGGAGUUCUAUGCUCUAAGGCAAAGAUGCUCUGUCCAGGAUGGAAGAUCACUGAAGUGUUUCUGUUUUGUUACAGUCAAGAAGGAAGAGAAAAAUGUCAGAAGAACUGUACUAAACAGUGUGGUGGGAACAUUGGAUCUUAGCAUUCGGCAAUAUGUGCAAGGGGAGACCUAUCCCGGGGAAGUGAAACGGCAAUCAGGCAUCUUUGCACCCUUUGACACCCACAGAUAUGCUUAUAUUGCAAACGUUUGUGUCGCAAAGUUUGCUCGCCGUCAGGGUAUUGCUUCAAACAUGUUGUACUUGGCUACUGAAGUUGCUACGUCAGAAGGUAUGAAUCAGCUAUUUGUUCAUGUAGAUGAAGGAAACAAAUGUGCACUGGAUCUGUACAGGAAAGUCGGCUUUGAGGUUGUUGAGGCUGCUUCGUCACAAGUAUCAAAUGAUCUGAGGUUGUUAAUGUCCAUGGAAUUGUAACCCCCACAAUAAACUGAAAUCUGGUUCAUCCGCGUGACUUUUAGGUCCAGCCUCGUUUCAUCUUUUUAAAGUAGAAUUCUGAGGCCUCAUAUGGUUUAGCGUUUAUAGGUCGUGCAAAAAGAAAGCUGUAUAUUCGUAAACAUUUUCAAAGAGGAAAAAAUACUCCGUAGAAGGCAAAAAGAAAAAAAGAAAGAAAAGCAAUUGCUGUAAGAGAGGUGAAGCCAUGUAGUGGCAGAAGAGCCCUGGGGCCAAUAUAUUUGUGAGUUUGGCCAAUGUGAUUGAAAACCACAGGUUUGAUGAGUGUGUCAUUGUGGCCACCUUUCCCAAUCACACAAGUUUGGUGAUUGUUGU